CGAAACCAAACCCCUAAACGACACCGUAGCUCAGCAGCUGUUCUCGCUUAAAUAACCAGAAAACGACACACCGUUUCUGUCUUCACCUUCACUCUCCGCAACUGCACAUUGAUAAAACCGUUUCCUCGCAUUCCACUCCCACGCAAUCACUAAACUCACCGCCGAUGUCACCGGCAAUUCCAGCGGCUCCACCACCGCAACCGUGACCGAUCCUUCUCCGGAACCACCACCUCCGGCACCACCGUAACCGCAAUGUCGUCGUCACAGCAGAACAUCAAGCAGAGAGUCUUCGCGUGCCUGACCAAACUCUCCGACCGCGACACGCAGUCCCUCGCCGCCGCGGAGCUCGAGUCCGUCGCCCGGAGCCUCGACGCCGCCGCCGUGCCGGCGUUCCUCUCGUGCAUGUACUCCACCGACGCGUCGGACAAACCGACGGUACGCAAGCAAUGCGUGCAGCUGCUAGGGUUCCUCGCGGAGACGCACGGCAACUUGCUCGCGCCGCACGUGGCGAAGAUCCUCGGCAGCGUCGUGCGGCGGCUCCGAGACGCGGACUCGUCGGUGCGAUCCACGUGCGUGAGUUCCGUCGCGGCAUUGUCGCGCCACGUCAGCAAGCAGCCGUUAGGUUCGUUCGUGAAGCCGUUGGCGGAGGCACUGUUCACGGAGCAGGACCAGAACGCGCAGGCCGGCGCGGCGCUGUGUCUCGCCGCGGCGAUCGACGGAGCUCCGGAUCCGGACCCGGCCAGGCUCGCGAAGCUGCUGCCGAGGUUCGAGAAGCUUCUGAAGCGCGACGGCUUCAAGGCUAAGCCGGCGCUGCUGACGCUUGUCGGAAGCGUCGUCGCCGGCGGCGGCGCGUCCGGCUACGCGCCGCUGAGGAGUUUGGUUCCGUGCUUGGUGGAGUCGCUGAGCAGCGACGAUUGGUCAACGCGGAAGGCCGCGGCGGAGGCUCUCGUGGUUGUUGCCAAUGUGGAGAGGGAGUUCUUGCCGGAGUUCAAGGCUGAGUGUGUGAAGGUCUUCGAGAAUCGACGUUUUGAUAAGGUAAAGUUAGUCCGGGACGUUAUGAAUCAGAUGUUGGAAGCGUGGAAGCAGAUUCCUGAUGUUUCUUGUGAAGUUUCGCCGCUUCCUAAAUCGCAAUCUUCUUCCAAAGAGAAUGCAAGUGAUGGGCGGUAUCCCCCAGUCUCUCAAAAUUCAUGUAGUCCCGGUUCAGUGAUGGCCAAUUUGCGGAAGAAAUCUUCUCCUUUUAGCAAAUUCAGUCCAGCAGAUAGUUCUUCUGCCAGCAAUGCUAAGAAUACCAGUGCUUCAAGUAGUAACAAGAGAAUGAGUUCGUUUGUUUCCCGGAAAUUAAACCAUAAGAAUUGGGAUGCUCAGAUUGCCAUGUCUGAUUCUCCCUCUGCUGCCGAGGCAGAUCAGGGACAUCUUCAGGAGAGGGGUGGAAUUGUUUUGGAUAGGAGCAAAAUGGAUAAAAGCAGAUUUUCAAAACCAGAAAUGAAACGGGGACUGCUAAGUAAGAGUUCUGAUGAUAAAAUACAAAGGUAUGGUGGGUCCAAAGCUGGAUCUCGUGUGGUUCCAUAUCAUGAUGAGAGUCAAGACUCAGUUCCUGCCAGUACUGUCACUAAAGAUCUCCAUAGGAAUGACAAAGAGAGUGAAGAUUUGUCACUGAUUCGUGAUCAAUUACAUCAGAUUGAGAAGCAGCAGUCAAGUCUGCUAGAUCUUCUGCAGACAUUCAUGGGAAGCUCACAAAAUGGAAUGCGUUCUUUAGAGACUCGUGUGCAUGGGCUUGAGUUAGCAUUGGAUGAAAUUUCUUAUGAUUUGGCUAUAUCAAGUGGAAGGAUGACAAAAUCUGAUGCUCCUGGUAACACGUGUUGCAUGCUACCUGGAGCAGAAUUUUUGAGCUCCAAAUUCUGGAGGAAAACACAGACCCGGUAUUCAAUGCCACAGUUCUCUAGAUCAGCUGGCGCACCAUCACUUGCUGCCAUGAACUACCCAGCCGACAGAAAUCCUGAAACCAAGUUGCCAAACCACAGAUUUAGACCUGAUGGAGGCUUCAUCACUAAUCCACUGGCAGAGAUUCAUACGAAUUCGAGGAAUGCAAUUUAAAAGCAGCUGAUUUGCUGCACAAUCUAGAAUGCAAGUUUGAUCUUCUUUUGAUUCUCAAUCCACUUUGAUGGAAGGACACCCUUGAGCGGGACCAUGAUUUAAUCAGAAAAUAUAAAUUUGUUGUGCCACUCGAAAAUAUUCCAUUUAGUCUUGUUCCCAUUGAAGAAGGCGUGACGCGGGCUAGACCAUACAUUCUACAUUGCAGCGCAGAAUUUGAUUUGCAUAUGCACGAUAUAUCUCGGAGAAGAAGAGCAUAUUGGAGUGAGUUCGCGACAACAUACCACACUAUUUUAAAUAAGGGUGAAUAUGUAUAUGUACAUAGUUGUGUCGAGCUUUUGAUUUUAUGAUUUAAGUAUUGCAUUGUAGUAUAAUGUAUUCGAGUUAUGUUAAAAGUGUCUACACUGCUACGCACUAUCGGCAUCUCAUUAUUGGAUAACAAUGCUUCUAGUCCACACUAUUCUUCCUGUG